AUGAGAAAAUCUGGGAGAAGCUGCACCCAUGACGCCUGGUUUGGCGCAUUUCUUCUUGUCGCUGUUUCCCUUUCUCAGAGUCACCAAUGUCUGCUUUCCGCUCUUGUUGAUGCACAUGCGCUGACGGUAAACAAGUACUCCACCACGCCAAUUGGCCCCAAUGGCACCACGCCUGGUGACCUGAACAAUGCCUACAGUCCUCCGUACUAUCCUAGCCCGUGGGUAGACAGCUCAGCGGCUGGUUGGACCGACGCCGUUGCUAAAGCGCAAGCUUUCGUACGCCAGUUGACCCUGCUCGAGAAGGUCAACCUGACCACGGGCGUUGGCUGGGAAGGCGAGGCCUGUGUCGGUAAUACUGGAGCCGUUCCGCGUCUGGGCUUCCCAGGCUUCUGCGCCCAGGACAGCCCUCUAGGCGUUCGAUUUGCCGACUAUGUCUCCGCGUUUCCGGCUGGUGGCACCAUCGCGGCCUCUUGGGACCGUGGCGAAUUCUACCGCCGCGGGUAUCAAAUGGGUGUGGAGCACCGCGGCAAAGGCGUGGAUGUCCAACUUGGUCCCGUUGUUGGCCCUCUCGGCCGCAACCCCAAGGGUGGACGUAAUUGGGAAGGCUUCAGCCCUGACCCAAUUCUCUCCGGAAUUGCUGUCGCCGAGACCGUGAAGGGCAUCCAAGAUGCUGGUGUUAUCGCUUGUACCAAGCACUACAUCUUGAACGAGCAGGAACACUUCCGCUCGCCAGGCGACUUCGAGGACUUCGGUUUCGUGGAUGCGGUCAGCUCCAAUGUUGAUGACAAGACUCUCCAUGAAUUGUACCUGUGGCCGUUCGCCGACGCAGUCCGUGCGGGUACUGGUAGUAUCAUGUGCUCCUACAACAAGGCGAACAACUCGCAGGUUUGCCAGAACUCGUACCUUCAGAAUUAUAUUUUGAAGGGUGAGCUUGGUUUCCAAGGAUUCAUCAUGUCAGAUUGGGAUGCGCAGCACUCUGGUGUAGCUUCCACACUUGCCGGUCUCGACAUGACUAUGCCUGGUGACUCCGACUUCGACAGCGGCUUCUCCUUCUGGGGCCCCAACCUGACCCUCUCCAUCAUCAAUGGAACAGUUCCGGAAUGGCGCCUUGACGACGCAGCCACGCGCAUCAUGGCUGCUUACUACCUCGUUGGCCGCGAUCGCCACGCUAUUUCACCAAACUUCAACAGCUGGUCGCGCGAUACCUACGGAUACCAGCAUGCCUUCGCCCAAGUAGGCUAUGGUCUGAUCAACCAGCACGUUGACGUACGGGCCGACCACUACAAGGCCAUUCGCGUUGCAUCGGCCAAGUCGACUGUCCUCUUGAAGAACAACGGCGCGCUCCCGCUCAAGGGCAACGAGAAGAACACGGUCGUCUUCGGUCAAGAUGCUGGAGACAAUCAAUACGGCCCCAAUGGCUGUGCUGACCGCGGUUGCGAUAAUGGUACGCUUGCUAUGGGAUGGGGAUCUGGGACAUCUGACUUCCCUUACCUCGUGACUCCCCUCGACGCUAUUAAGAAUGAGGUUGCCAGCAACGGUGGCAUUCUACAGUCCGUCACUGACAACUACGCAUGGACCCAGAUCGUUGCGCUUGCCCAGCAGGCGAGCACUGCCAUCGUUUUCGUAAAUGCCGACUCGGGAGAGGGCUACAUCACUGUCGAUGGCAACAUGGGCGACAGGAACAACCUCACCAUUUGGCAAGGCGGCGAGACGCUUGUGCGUAACGUAUCUGCGUACUGCAACAACACCAUUGUAGUUAUUCACUCUGUUGGUCCUGUUCUCGUCGACUCUUUCUCCAACAGCGAGAACGUCACUGCCAUUCUCUGGGCUGGUCUUCCUGGUCAGGAGUCCGGCAACGCUAUUGCUGAUGUCCUUUACGGUCGCGUCAACCCAGGCGGCAAGUUACCAUUCACUUUCGGCACAAAUGCAUCGGAAUAUGGCCCUGACCUCAUUUAUGAGCCCAUCGCCGGUCAUGACAGCCCUCAAGACAAUUUCGAAGAGGGUGUGUUUAUCGACUACCGCGCAUUUGACCAGAAGAACAUCACACCGGUGUACGAAUUUGGAUUCGGAUUGUCAUACACGACCUUCUCCUACUCCAACCUGAAGGUUAGCAAAGUCGCAGCUGGUGCUUACAGUCCAAACACGGGUCUCACUCAACCUGCACCAAUCCUCGGUAACUCUAGCCACGAUGCUUCUCAGUACCAGUGGCCGUCGAACUUGACCUACGUUAACAAGUACAUCUACCCGUACCUCAACUCCACCAACCUGAAGGACGCAUCCCACGACCCCGAGUACGGUCUCGACUACACCUACCCCGAUGGCGCCACCGAUGGCUCAGCUCAGCCCAAGAUUGCCGCCGGCGGAGGUCCCGGAGGUAACCCACAACUGUGGGACGUUCUUUUCUCCGUGACCGCCACCAUUACCAACAACGGCACCGUAGUUGGAGACGAGGUAGCCCAGCUGUACAUUUCACUCGGUGGACCGUCCGACCCUGUCGUUGCGCUCCGCAACUUCGACCGCCUGAGCAUCGCUCCCGGCAAGAGCGCGACUUUCUACGCGGACAUCACGCGCCGCGACGUGUCCAACUGGGAUACCAUCAGCCAGAAUUGGGUCAUCAGCAAUUACACCAAGACGGUGCACGUUGGCUCGUCGUCGCGGAAACUGCCGCUCAGCGCAAAGCUGUCUUUCUAG